UAAGACAUACCAAAAAUCAUCACCGCAAUGGAAGCUCUCAUGUAGGACCCAUCGUAGGUCCUUUGGUGUGCUCUGAUAUCCAAUUGGCGCCCGUUACCAAGCGUGACGAACACAGAAGGUGCUCUCUGUCUUUCUUCACCGUGCUCCAUGGCUGAUUAUGGCGACUCCGUGGAGGAGGAACCAGGAGCUGAGCGUUAGAAGGAGAUCAUGGGCUCCUCUACGCUCCCUUCCCCGUCCACAGUCCCCCGUCCACAGUUCCCCUUCCCCAGUGUGGCUUUCCUGUGCUUCCCCUAACGAGCGUGCCUGUUUUCCCUGCCUGUGCUGUCUGUGCUGUCUACGCUGCCUACGCUGCCCGCGUGCUCAGGUUUUCCCAUCAACACGCAGAAGGACAGACAGACAGGGAGGGAAAAAUUUUUGCAACAGGCCCGAUGAGCACGCUGUUUGCACCACGAUCAAAGCAUCAUCACGCCUGGACUCACGAGCCAAAUGAAUGCGAACGCCCUUCUCGAGUGCUUUGGUGCUACGCUGAGCCCAGAUCAGCAAGUGAGACAGCACGCGGAGUCCCAAUUGCAACAGGCUGCUACGUCGUUGGGGUUCCUGGGAGCAUGCUUGGAUAUCAUCUCAGCCAACGACUCUGUGCCGUCGCCAGUGAAGGCUGCUGCUGCUGUGUUCUUCAAGAACAGGAUCAAACGCCACUGGGAUAGAGAGGAAGGCGGUGUGGACCCGGAUGAGAAGCCUUACAUCAGAGAACGUCUCUUGCCGGCGUUGGUGAACGCUGACCACUUCCUGAAGAGACAACUGAUCCCGGUUCUGGAGACGAUAGUGUCGAGCGAUUAUCCCUCUCAGUGGCCUACGCUGGUUGAUGAGGCGCUUAAGCUGCUGUACGCCGGUGAUCUGAACUCUGCCUACACUGGGCUCUUGGUGUUUGCCAAAGUGGCAUCCACGUACAGAUGGACCCGUAACGCUGAACGACCAGCGCUGGACAUCCUGAUCAAUCAGCACUUCCCGACGCUUCUGUCCGUGGCGGAUACGCUGCUGAAGGAGGAUUCGUUGGAGGCCGGAGAGAUGACGGUGCUGCUGCUCAAGACGUACAAGUACGUCACCUAUCACGACCUCCCAGGCCCUCUGCAGUCGUUGGAGGCGAUUCAGAAUUGGGGGAACUUCCACGUUGCGGUGCUGAACAAGCCCUUGCCUGCUGAACUGGCCAAUGUUGAACCAAACGAGCGGAAGCUGUACCCAUGGGUGAAGACAAAGAAAUGGGCUUCCGCUAAUCUGUACCGUCUGUUUGAAAGAUACGGCUCACAGUCAUUGUCCAAGAAUUUCCAAUAUGACUCUUUCAAGGAGAUCUACGGCAAGGAGUUCGUGCCCCAGUUGUUGAACUUAUACUUGACACAGAUUGAUCAGUGGUGUUCUAAUCAACUGUGGAUGAGUGAAGAGCAGAUCUAUUACAUUCUGAGCUUCUUGGAGAGAUCCAUUUCAGAAAAGCACACCUGGGAGCUGUUGAAACCUCAUGUCCAGCUGCUCGUUUCCCACUUUAUCUUCAAACUGCUGUGUCCCUCUGACGAAACAUUGGAGAUGUUUGAAGACGAUCCGGAGGAUUACAUCCAUACAAGAUUGGAUAUCUUUGACGAUAGUAACGCUUCUGAUUUGGCAGGUAUCUCAUUGCUGAUGACAUUGACUAGAAAGAAGAAGAAAUCCACUUUGGAGCCUAUCUUACAGUUUGCAUUUGGCCAGUUGAACCAGCUAAAGGACCCUUCAACUCAAUCCUUGGAGGAUGCUAAGAAAUUGGAAGGUUCGAUGCGUCUUGUUGGUGCCUUGGUGGACCACCUUGCCAAUGAAAAGUCACCAUACUAUGCGCAGAUGGAAACCCUGUUACAACAAUUUGUCCUACCACAUUUUGAGUCAAAAUUUGCAUUUAUCAAGGCUAGAACUUGUGAUCUCAUAUCCAAGUUCUCCGAUAUCCCAUUGCAACAGGAGGCUACAUUGAACUGCAUCUAUCGUGGAAUCAUGUCUUGUUUUGAAGACUCGCAUCUACCAGUGCAAUUGGAAGCUGCUCUGGCUAUCCAAUCCUUUGUUAGAGUACCACAAUUUCAAGAGGCACUCUCUGAAGUCAUUGUUAUCACCAUGCAAAAGCUUUUGCAACUUUCCAACACAAUUGACGUUGAAGCUGUAUCUCAGGUCAUGCAAGAAAUCGUUGAAAUCUUUAGCGAACAACUACAACCAUUUGGAGUUGAUUUGAUGACAAACUUGGUUGGUCAAUUCAUGAAACUGGUUCGUGAGUUGCACGAAGCUGCUCAGGUUGAAGUCGAUGACUUUGACGGUUCAUACGAUGAUCUGAUGGAGAAGCAAAUGGCUGCAUUGGGUCUCUUAAACACGAUGAUCACCGUUCUUUUGUCAUUUGAAAGUUCUGCAGACAUUGUGUUCAAAUUGGAGGAGACCUUCUACCCAGCAGUGGAGUUUGUCUUUGUUAAUUCUGAAGAGGACUUCUUCCGUGAGGUUUGUGAAUUGAUAGAGAACUCGACAUUCCUGACACGUCAAAUCUCUCCAGUUGCAUGGAAGAUCUUUGAGAUCAUCAUGCAAGCCCUUGUCGAUAGCACUGCAAUCAUCUACUUGGAGGACAUCAUGCCAGCCUUGAACAACUUUUUAUGCUUCGGCUCACAGCAGAUCAAGAACAACCUUCAGUAUGCGAAGGCUUUACUGGAGUUGUUCAAACGUGUUAUCUGUGAUGAAGAGGAUUCAUUGGAUUUCUAUGCACUUGGUGGUGAGAUUGCCCAAAAGUUGGUCUUGACCUUGGGCCCAAACUCAGAACCAUAUCUUGCUGAGAUUCUUGCGUUGACAAUCAACAGUAUUGUCUCAAUGAAAGAGAUGUCAAAGAUCUAUGCCAUUAACAUGAUGAACGUCAUAGUUUCAGGGUUUGUCUACCAUACCAAGGCCACUUUGACUGCCUUGGGAAACUCCAAGUUCCUGUUGCCAUUUUUCAACCUGUGGUUCCAGUACAUUCCAAAGCUCACUAGAGUCUUUGACAUGAAGCUCUCCAUCCUGGGUAUUCUCAGUCUCAUUUCCCUAUCUGUGGAGGAAUUGAGACACUACCAAGUUGAGACACUUGCACCACAGCUCGGGUUGAACUUGUCGUUGCUAAUGUAUAAGAUUCCAGAUGCAAUCAACGACUUGGCCAAGCGCAGAAAGGAGUACGAAUCCACUGGUGAUGACCUGGGCGAAUUCGUCGAGUACGAAGACGUUGAUGAUGAAUGGGUGAAUGAGGAUGACGACGACAAUGACACUGGCUCAGUGGGAGACGGAUACAUGCAGUUCUUACAGCAGGAAGCUGAAAAGCUGAAAUCCACCGGCUUCUUCGACACCGACGACGACGAUUUACCAGAGGACCCACUGGCCCACGAUAUCUUGGAGGAGAUCAACGUCUUCUCCACCUGUAAAGAUGUACUGUUAUCAUCUCAGGGUGACACCGAAAAGACCCAAUUCGUCUUUGGCCAGUUGAACGACGAUCAAAAGAGCAUUCUUAAAGAUAUUGUUGAUCUAUAGAGAAGAAUAGAAUAAACAAAUGAGCUGUAUCUGGUAUUGCACAGUG